CUAGAUUUGUGUCACAUGAGCGAUCAGUAACUGUUUUGAUCAACAUGGAGUGAAAAGCAAUCUGCUCCUUUACUCCGUGUGUGUCAGAUGCAGUGAUGGUGGAAGGCAGUGAUCUGACGGAGAAUGAGAGGAGACGGGUUAUUGAGCAUCUGCAGACGGGGACUGAGAUGAUGGUGUAUCAGCAGAGGGUUGAGAGACUCACUGUCCAGGUCAUUAGAGAGAGCACGCAGAUGGCCUUGAUCCGCUCUGACGACAAGAUAGUCCGAAUGUUGGACAUUUUUGAGUUCAAGGAGGUUCGCCAGUGGGAGACAUUCAGGGACUUCCAACAAUUUAAUGAAAGCAGGGGGAGUAGAUUUCGGAGAAUCUUUUACCAAUCUGAAAAAGAGCUUCAGCAGGACAGCAGAAAGUGUUUGACUAUCUUCUAUGGAUCUGAGUUUAUUUUAAAAUCGCUGAGCCUUAAAGCUGAUUCAGUGGAGGAUGCAGAAAGAUGGCUGACAGGACUGGAGUUACUCAGACAGAGACACCAGGCAACUCACACACCAGAGAUUGUAGAAAGUUGGCUGAGGAAGCAGAUGUACUCUGUUGAUCAAACAAAGAAAAACAGCAUCACCCUGAAAGAGCUGAAGUCUCUGUUGCCACAAAUGAACUUUAAAGUACCAGGUGGACGUUUUCUGGAGGACAAAUUUGUGGAGGUGGGAGCAAAUGAUUAUUCCCUGGACUUUCAGCAGUUUUCUAAAUUCUACAAUCUAUUAAUAUUUGAAAACCAGAAGAUGUUGCUAGAAGAGUUUGAAAAGGGGCCUGCGGCUUUUAAAAUAAGUAAUACUGAUAGUCCUGAAUCUUCUGUAGUUUCCCUCUAUGAUUUUCAUAACUUUCUGUUAUAUCGACAAAGGGAUACCUGCGCCAGAAAUGUUAACCAGGUUCAGGAGCUGAUGACCAUUUUCAUCGAAGACACCAUAAGGAAGACAAUAAAUCCAACACUUACUGUUGGAGAGUACAAGUUAGAGAUCUGUUUAUUCCUCAGUUUUCUCUUCUCCAAAGAGAACUCAAUCUGGGAUGAGAAGUUCUCAGAGAUUUGCCCACUGGACAUGAACAAUCCUCUUUCUCACUACUGGAUCAACUCUUCUCACAACACAUAUUUGACUGGAGAUCAGCUGUGCAGUGAUUCAUCGAUAGAAGCUUACGUGCGCUGCCUGAGGCUGGGGUGCCGCUGUAUUGAGUUGGACUGCUGGAAUGGUCCAGAAGAACCUGUCAUAUACCACGGACGGACCAUGACCUCCAAGAUAAAGUUUAAGGAUGUGGUGAAGGCCAUCAAUGAUCAUGCUUUUAUAACAUCUGAGUAUCCUGUGGUGCUGUCCUUAGAGCAACACUGUGAUAUCAAACAACAGAAAAUGAUGGCACAGAUCUUACAAGAUAUUUUCCAAGACAAGCUUCUGACCGAGCCGCUGGAACCAGAAGCAGAAGAUCUACCCUCACCAAACCAGCUGAAGGGCAAGAUCAUCAUUAAGCACCAGAAAAUAACAGAGAGCGAUCAAACAGUUAAGCUAGAAGAAGAAAGAGGAAACACAGCUGUGAAGAGAAAAUUAGACAGCUUCAAGAAAAUCGGAAACUCUUGCAGGGAGAAGAUAAGAAAAGCUAGAAACCGUGUAGUGGAGAAGGAAGGAGAGCUUUGCAUCUGGGAUCCAAUAGAUAAGAGGUUUUACAGGCAUGACUGUGUGAUCUCAGAUAAUAAGCUGUACUAUUCUGAAGAGAAGUGGAAGGAAGACAGUCCUGAGAGCGACUCAGAGCUGCACCUGUCAGAGCCCUGGUUUCAUGGAUUUCUGGCUGAAGGCAGAAUAACUGCAGAAAAACUCUUGCGCGAUUUCUGUCAAGGCAAGAAUGGAAAAGAUGGAACCUUCCUGGUGCGAGAGAGUGAAAAGUUAAUCAGAAACUACAAUAUCUCCUUGUGGACGAACGGGAGAAUUCAGCACUACAGAAUCUUCUGUUCCUCACAGAAUGGCCAGUGGUCUUUCUACUUGACAUGCAAGCAGCUCUUUCCGAGUAUGUGUGCUUUGAUAGAGUAUUACACACAAAACCUGAUCAAGUAUGAUGGAUUAAAUCUGCGCCUCAGCGGUUUCCUGCCUCGACUCAAUUUUGUGCCUCUCCGCCAUCUGGGGUGGUUUUACAGUAACCUGAGCCAAGCUGAAGCAGAAGACUAUCUCCUGAGGAUCCCUCGAGAUGGAGCCUUCCUAAUCAGACAAACAGAAAAGCCUGACACCUUUACCCUUUCCGUCAGAUUUGACGGGGAUGUCGAACAUUAUCUGAUUUACCAAUACAACAGCAAGUAUGUGUUGACAGACGCCUACGAGUUUGGCAGCCUUGAAGACCUGGUUAGCUGUUUUCGUCGUGAGCUUUUCUACGGCAAGACAAAGCUACGCUACCCCGUAACGCCACAGUUAGCGGCGUGCUUCUGUUUGGUGGAUCUCUCAAAGUAUGAUUAUGAGCAGUACAGUGAAGUUUCUAAAGACAAUCCUUUAGGCGACCAGUGUAAAGGUGUGGUGGACAUCUCAAAGUGUACUGUUGCUUGCAAAGCCAAACAUGCCAGGCCCCUCGUGGUGACCCUUUUAAACAGGGAGAGUUUUAAUCCAACCGAGUUCACUUGUGAGAACGUGGAGCAGGUGGAUGAAUGGUACCAGGCGCUUCUGAACAUCAUCCAAAACGAGCAGAGUUUGGAGAAAGCGAGAAUAGCAGAAAUGGAAUCCAAAACCAAAAUAGCUGUUCAGAUGUCAGAUAUGGUGAUAUACUGCCAAUCUAUCAAGAAAAGACUUUUGGUGCGUUCCGUUCGGAUAACAUGGUUCGAAGAGGGGAAUGAAACCGCGGUGGAGAAAUCAGACAGCAUUUUGGAGUAUAACCGCAAAGCGGUGACCCGUGUGUAUCCCUGCAGCGGGCGAGUUGAUUCCUCCAACUUUGAUCCUUGUCCUUCGUGGAAACUAGGCUGCCAAAUGGUGGCUCUUAACUUCCAAACUGCUGAUAAAUUCAUGCAGCUGAACGGCGCUCUCUUCAGUUUGAAUGGAGGCACGGGUUAUGUGCUUAAACCAGUGGAUACGAGAGAUCCAGCCAAGAAGAAACCUGCUAAGCAAAGCAUCAUAAUUCGAGUGAUGGCAGCCAGGCAUCUGCCCAAUCCAGACCACAUCGUCAGUCCUUUCGUGCAGGUUGAGCUGUGGCGUACACGGGGUCAAGCAGACGACUACAGUUUCAAGACUACCCUCUUUAAGGACAAUGGACUGAAUCCGGUGUGGCUGGGCCCAAUGAAUCCACCCAAAUGCUUUAAAAUAGACGAGCCAGACCUGGCCUUCCUGCGCUUUGUGGUUUUUGAGGAGGACACAUUCUCUGAUGCUAAGUUUCUUGCACAAGCCACUUUUCCGGUUAGAGGUGUUCGCUCAGGGUAUCGAUCUGUCCAGCUGAAGAACAGGUGCAGUGAAAACCUGGAGCUUUCGUCUCUUCUGGUGCACGUACAGCAGCUGGAGGUGUAAAGCAAACAGCCUUAACCACAAGGAAGUUGCAGACGUGUCAAUGUGGAUAUGGUGAAAAGGAGGACACUGUUUAGUCUUGGUCUGUUUUUUGUUUUUUUUUGCAAGCUACAUUCCAGAUUCUGGAUCAUAAAUUAUCAGGAACGCAGAGCAGUUACUGUGAUACUGAGAUCUAAAUAAACUGUAUAUAUAUUGCA